UAGCGCUACUUUCAUGCUUAUAGCAUGCUCAGAGCGCUUUGGUCCAAUCUCAUUUGUGGACCAGUCGGGGGAGGAGGUAUCUAGGAGUUAGUUUUCCGUGCUGCCUUUAGGCGCUCAGUAAAAGUCUGCCCGAGUCAGGUGUCGAACCUCAAGCCCCCUUCUAGGUAGCCAAGACAAGCCAAGCUCAAGCACACUUAGCCUCUCGACCACGCUUCCCACUUUUAUUUAUAUGUAUGUAUGUGUGUGUGUGUAUAUAAUCUUUAUAAAUUACAUUCUGACCCAUCAUUCUUUCGGAAGAUGCUUAUUGUGCUCUAGAAUAGGUUCUUCCUGGAGUUAGUGGAAAAAUUGUAGACUCCCCGCAAUUGACAGCAAGGGGUCUUAGCCAUCUUUGUUGAGCCACAUUAAGUGUUUUUCAAUUUCGGCAGAUGACUAUUCACUGCACUUUAUUAAUUGAGCCCCGCCACUGGUAGAAAUGUGUAACCUCUCUUGAAUACGCUCUUGGAAGUUAUCAUAUCAUUUGAUAAUGGAAGUAAACAGUGGCGUUAAAGUGAAUCACUCAUCAAAAGAAUGCCAUAAAUCUAACCUUGAGGCAGAUCAUAAAGACUUAAGGGUUCCUAUAAGAUCUAGUCAGAGAUUCAAAUCAAAGAAGGAAAAGUCUUCCAGAACUGCUAAUGAAAUCAAUGAUGCAUUGAACAAAAGCUCAGAUUACGUAGACUUCAGUAAUAAAGUCAAACAAGGCAUGGCAGAGCUAAUGUUUUACGGGGAAGAGGAUGUUUUAACAAAGACACCUUUGGAUUCCGAAACAGAAAUUAAACUGGAAGAUUCUAACUUUAUGGUUGCCGAGAAAGCUGAUAGUUAUAAUCUUGUCAAAGACAGACUAAUGAAUUCACAUCUUACUCAUGGCUCCAUUGGCAAACGAAAAUCUAAAAAAAAAGUUAAAAAAUUGUUAAUGCUCAAUGUGACUAAGAAAAAUAGAGGUAAAUAUAAAACUAAAGAGAAAAAGCAAAAAAAACUCAUUGUGCUGAAAAAAAUGUCUUCAAGGUGUUGCUUGUGCAAUAAAUUAUUUGCCGAAAGUAAAAAUCUCAAAGAGCAUUUGUACAUUCACAUAGGAAUGAAGCCAUUCAAUUGUGAGGUUUGCAGCAUGUCAUUUUCUCACAGUGGAUCUUAUAGGAGACACAAGUUAAGGCACACUGGGCUAAAGCCACAUCAGUGCUACAUAUGUUUGAAGUUCUUUACUAGAGCUACACACAUCAAAAGGCAUAUUAAAACUGUGCAUGCUGCUAUAGCCAACCAAAUAGCUUCUGGCAGUGCAGAUGGUUUAGCUGAUGGCAUGAUUGGGGCAGACUUCAAAUGUGAGCCAAACUUGUCUUAUGACUUUGAAUGUGUUAAAUGUGGUAAACUGUUUCUUACACACGAUCAGCUACAGACACAUGUAGCUGUUCAUGGAAAAUCUUCAAACAAACGAUCAGUGCCAUUGUUGACUGUUGUUGAACCUAUUCUUGAUACUGGUACUAAAGUUAAUCUCAAGGAAGGAGAGAAUAGCGUUGUGAAUGUGACCAAUAGUUUCACUAAAAGUAUGAUGGGUAUAUUUCGCUGCUCACUCUGUGAUAGCUGUUUCUCCAACAAGGUUAGCUUAAAAAGACACAGGGACUCUGUUCACAGGUCCAAUAGAUCCAAAAUGUGUGAGAUUUGCUGCAAGUUCAUCUCUGCUAAAAGCAGGAUGAAGAGGCACAUGCUGACCCACACUGGUAUCAAAGAUCAUAAGUGCGAGAUCUGUGGCAAGCUCUUUUCCCGCUCCUGCGAGGUCAAGCGACACAUGUCGACCCACACAAAAGAGAAGCCACAUAAGUGUGAGCUCUGCAGCAAGGAGUUCUCUUGCCCAACGUCUCUUAAGAAUCACAUGCGUUUUCACACUGAGGAGAGUCCUUACAGAUGUGACAUUUGUUCUGAGCUCUUUACCUCCAGUCAAAGCCUCAUGAAGCACAAUGUCAUUCACACUGGGAAGAUGCUCUUUGAGUGCACUAUCUGUGGGAAGUUUUUGUCUUGCAAAAAAAAUUUGAGGAAACACCAAUUCAUUCAUACUGGACAGAAGCCGUUCUCCUGUGAUGUUUGCCAAAAGUCUUUCUCUUUUCGCACUCACUUGAGAAAACAUAAAAUAAUUCAUACAGAUGUGAGGCCAUACCAUUGUUACAGAUGUAAUAAGACAUUCCAGUACAGUUACAGCGCCAAGAAGCACGAACUCCUUCAUCUCAGAGAAAAACCCUACAAGUGUGAAAAGUGCCCUGACACUUUUCCAAAGCUAGACAUGCUUGAAAGACAUUUAUCAAUUCAUUCUUUUUAAACAUACUGUUUGUUAAGCAAAAUGAAUAGUUUUUACAUUUGUUAUAUUUUGUUCAAUUUUUAUAUCAUAUCCUGUAGGCCUCUGGCUUGUGAAUGCAUGUUUAAUUCCAAACUUCUUUACACACUGCUCCCAACUUUUAGAACUGUCACCAUCUGUCAGCAUUGGUAAAUACAUAUUUUAAGUUGCUUCUUUCAUCUUAAUUUUAAGAAACAAAAACUGGAAACACUUGAACUAUUGAUUGUACCAUCAUCACUAGAAUGCACUUCUUAAUUAACCUUAUCAUUGUUUCGCUACAAACCACUGGUGAUCUCAUUUCUGGUUGAUGAGCAAGACAUAAAAUGUAUAAGAACUUCAUGAAAUUAUCCAGAAGGGCAAGGUUUUACUUUUUUUUUUAGUUUCAGUAAAUUCUAGACAUUGUUCAAUUGACAGAGGUAGAUAGUAUAAUUUUGUCAUGUGAGUUUUUAUAGCAGUUUUAUUGUUAACAAAAGGAAAUGUUUAUCAAUUGUCUGUUGCAAUCAUUUUUAGUCCAUAUUAGUUUAAAUCCUAUUACAUUAGGAGAUUUAUGUAUUCUUGUCUGGUUAGUAUUUAAGAACUACCAUUACCAAAUAGAUGUAUACAUCUGUAUAAGUGAAUCAUAUCUUAAAAACCCUUAAUGAAAAGUGAACAGUAUCAUAAAAAAAAAUAUUACCUUUCUUUUUUGUUGAAAGAACUGUUGCUAUGUUGGAUGUUUUGCAUGGUAGUGUUCUCUGGGAGACUGCACCAAAUGACAGUGGCUGUAAGAACUGCUUGUUAACUUGACAAAGACACUAGAUAAGCUGUGGCAGAACAGACUUGACAAUAAGAAAGAAACGUCCAUGCCCAGUUUGUGGCCAAACAUUCCAUAUCAAAAUAGGCUUCACUAGCCAGAUGUGAGGGCAUGAAAAUAUACUCAGCCCCUUUACCCAGUAUUAAAGUGUACCUGAUUGUUUGCCAUAAUGUGGACAAUAUUAGAAUGUAGAAUUGAAUGCCCAAACGAAAUUCUUGUACUGAAAUUACUAUCAUAUGUUUUAUGAUUAUAGUCAGGACUUUUUUUGUGAUGGUACGCACCGUCACCUUUUUCAAUUUGGGAAAAAAAUUAUUGCUUUUCUUCUAUUUUAAUGUUCAUUAUUAAUUUAUUAGUAGUUAAAAGUUAGGCAAUCCAUCACUGAGUACCGGCACCAAUUUUUAUUACAAAAAAAGCAAUGAUUAUAGUUAUAACACCAAAUGGUUUCCCAUCAUUUUCAACUCAAUGUUUUUUAUUUUGUUGUACAUGUUUCAGAUUUUCUACUACUAAUUCAAACCUCCCGCGGGACGAGGGGAAUAGCAGCAGGCAGGGUAUGAAACCUGGACCAUUGAGACAAUCAAUCGACAGUCCAGGGCACAUACUGCAUGACCAGGCAGCCUUUAAGUGUAACUAAUAGUCUUUGAAUGCAGUAUUUUUAUUUAUGACAACAGUGAUUCUGGAGUAGCUAAAUAGAAAAAAAUUUUUAGGAAACAAAUUGUUAAGUGCAAAUAAAAGAAUACUAUCAAAAUUUUAUGUCUUCAUAACCGAAUUAAAAUAAGCAACAAAGGAUGCUUUUCUAGUUUCCAGUAAAAUUUUCAAUAGUUGUGUAAAACAUGAUAGCAAAAUUAAAAUUGUGUCUCCCCAGUUUAAAAUAUAUAUAUAUAUAUGUGUGUCUUGAUAUUGUGUAGCCUUUAUUGAUUCCAAUAACAGCAAAAGUUUUCUGUCAUCCCAGUUACUUUUUUGUUUGUUUUGUCCAUUGUGAUAAUUGCCCAUAAAAUGUUACACAAGUUUGAAAGUAACAAGCAAAGUAAUGUAAUAAAAGGGCACAAAGUGUUGUUUUUUUUUAAUGAAUAAUUUUCUACAAUAUUGUAGCGUUCUGUUAGUGAGGUUUUUAUAUUUCUCUCAAUAUAAAGUAACCCACAUGACUAAUUAAGUUAAACACUAAAGUGAGACACCGUUAACUUCAUUGAAGUUUAAUUCCUUUAAAUUAGAUCACAGAAAAACAAUAAUUUUGAAAUGAAUAUGAAAUUCUUGUAGCAAUUAUAUUUUAUUAGAAUAGUUUACUUACAAGAAAGAAGCUUGACUAAUUAAAAUUGACCUUGUCUUUUAAGUAUAAAAAAGACUUUACUAGAAAUCCCAUUUACCCUUUCUUAGAAGGCUCUUUCUUGCUCGCAAAUUUAUAUAAGGAUUCUUUAGGGUCUCAACUUGAAUUUUUACCAGUAAUCCCAAAUGGAUUUUUUUUUUUUUGAAUCGCAUGGAAAUUGUGCUAGUCAAGCAUGAUAAAUAUAUUUGUUAAAAAAAAUCAUAACUUACAUUUCCUAGUAGUAAGAACUAUGUAAAAAGCUGAAGUGUUUUAUACCAUUCUAAGGGUUGUCAGAUGUUUCUCAUGAAAAAUGCAGCAUUUUUACCCCAGUGGAAUUGUCUAUACACAAAAAGCAUUACUCCUGAAUAUUCUCCCUUAGUGUGUUGAACUGUUGUGGCAGAAAAUCUGAUCUGUUGACCAUCUUUCUCCAUUCCUGUCUUUUGCUUUGGAUAGAAUCUCUUUCAAUGAGAGGCAAGUUUACUUUCUCUAUCGUCCUCUUCUUUCCUGGCACUGUUCCUCAAGAAAGGUCUUUUGGGCACCUCAAAGAAUUUUCACCGUCCCAAAGAUUAUGUAGAUGGGAGUCAUUGGACAGAGUAUGUUUAUAGCAUCACUGAUCUCAGUAAAUUUAACCUGGUCCUGUCAACACUAUACAUUUUGACAUCCAUAUAUUUGUUCUUAUGUAUUUGGUUAUAAUUUGAGUUGAUUCUGAGGUUCAUUGUUUUAAUUACUCAAGAAGCUCAUUAUUUGUUAACCUGCAGACAAUACAUACUUUUUUUACCAUCUUCAAAUGUUCUUCCAAUUUUAGCUUUUUUUAUCCCUUUGACAUUUUUAUAAGUCUUCCUUUCGUUUAACACUAGACAAGGAAAUGCCAAAGAACUUUUGUUUGUUGGAAAGUUCAUUUGUUGUUCCAUUUAGUUCUUGUAUUCUACUAACACUUACUAGCUUCAUUUUAAUUAUUUUAAAAUUGAAGGAGUAUGUCUUAUAAUAUGUAUAUUAUUUUAUUCUAUGACAAACAGCAUCAUACUUCUAGUGUUAUGUAUAUUUUUGUUAUAUGUUUAUAUGGAUUUUUCUGUGGCUGUGCUAACAAGAUUAAUAGAUAUAUUUAUUAAAGAAUUGUAUUUUUGAGUUUAAUGUAUAUAACAUUUAAACCUAUAUAUAUAUUAGGGAUAGGGUUAAUAUUAAAUGCUUUUAGGUAUAAUUGCAACUUCACAAGCUAUUAAUUCUAGUCUGAGUAACGGUUAGAAUACAUAUUUGUGUUAAGAGUUUUUUGAAGUUGUCAUACAUUGAUUAUAUUUUUAAAAUAUACUCAAAGAAAAGCCUUAUUUAUUACAUUUUAAAAUUUAUAUUCUAGAUGCUUUUAUUUCUGUGCCACCAAAACUAAAAUGUCAAAUAUAAUUUAACAAAUUGUGUACAUUAUUUUAUGUUAAGGAAACUAUUUUAUUUUGUUUUUCAAUCCUCAGUGGAUAAUGCAACACUGGUAAUCUACUUUUUUAUGAUGUGCAGAUUUAAUAUACCCUUAUUGACAGCUAUCUAUCUUUCAAAUUUUAUAUCUAGUCCGUCUAUUAAUCUUUCUAUAAGAUGGGCAUAAAAGCAAACAAAACUUAUUCUAGUGCAUUAUGUAAAAUGUCUAUUUCAAUUAGUUCCUUUUUGUUCUGAUCUUUCUGUCAAUUUGUUCUAUUUUUGUUCAUGUCCAGUUAUUACACAUGUUGUCUACAUGUUUUUGUACAAUUCAGUACCAUAUGUAAAUACCUCUUGCCAAUCAGACUUUAAAUAAAGGUAGCUAGAACUUGCCAAGAAAAUGAAUUUAACAAACAAGGGUUGAUAUAGCAGGAAUGGAAAAGGUAGUAUGAUGAUUGCAAUAACCAUAAAAUGAAAUAGUAUGAAAUCAUAGCACAGCAGAUUAUUUAUUAUUAUAUUUGGUCAUUUCCUUGAAAAUAAAAUGUUUUUUUAAGUA